CUUCCGUCUUCGAACUUGAAGACCAGGAGAAAAAGACUUGCGCCAGUUUGAGCAUAUCUCCGUGUGGUGGUGCAUUCCCUUCUGCGCAAGCAGUCUACUGCGACAAACACAAACCAAGAAUCUAAAAGGUCUAUCCAUAGUUGACGCGCGACCUUGCGUCUGUCUCAUUGUUCUAUCAGUUGACGCUUUCAACAAUGUCCGACGAAGCUGCUGAUGUUGCCGAGGACUACCGGCAAGCCCUGGAGGACUUGACCGUAAACUCAAGGAUAGAGAUCGCGACCUUGACGAAUAUUGCACGAGAGAACGCCCACCAUGGUUUGGCCAUCGCUGACGUCUUGACAAACCACAUCAAAAAGGUUCCACCUCCACGAACACUACCGGCACUCUAUGUGCUCGACUCGGUGGUCAAGAAUGUCCCGACACCAUACGCCCUAUACUUCGGGCCCAAGCUCUACUCGAUCUUUAUGGGCGCCUAUACCAAAGUCGACAACCCAACCAGGCGGAAGAUGGACGAGAUGCUGAAGACCUGGAAGGAGCCAGUGCCGGGCUCGAUAUCUACGAAGCCUGUGUUCCCUCCCGAUGUGGUUAAACCGAUCGAGAACGCUUUGAUCGCGGCCAAGAACGUUGCCCUUCAAGUCAACCAGAGCAGUUACCAAGGGCAGCAGUAUAUGCUCCGCGGAGCCCGUCCCCCAGCCCCUCCUCACAGAGAUACUCCAACUCCUCCAAAUGUCCGACCAGCGACACAACAACCAGGACAGCAAUAUCCACCUCCUAACGGACAUAUGCCGCCGCACGGAGGAAACCCGGCCUUCCCUAUGCGCCCUCACAACGGUCCCGAUGUGCUUCCUCCUCGGGCUACCACCCAGCCUCCGUAUGGAGCCCCCUAUCACCAGCCCCAAGCUCCUCACCAGGGUAUAAGCAUAGAGAGGUUAAGAGACGAUAUCCAGCAGCUCAUCGUUGCAGAGAGGGCCGAGUUUGCGCGAGAUCCGCUGGACGUAGGUAAACAAACUAGACUGAAGGCCUUGCUGGAUCUGCAGACCUUGAUUCAGAGGCCAGAUGUGCCGCAGGAGCAGUUAAUGCUCGUGAAAGAAAAGAUCACUGAACUGUCCGUAAACAUGCGCAGCGCUUCUGCCGCCUCCGCUGCUGCUGGCGUUGCUCCUGUCGCCGCGCCUCAUCACUAUCCCGUUCCAUACACCGCUACCCCAACACCUCCAGUCAUUGCUGGUCCUGUUCCUCCUCAAGUACCGGGGGCACGUCCUCCUUCUGCCCCGGCCGGGGCGGGUCUGGGUGCUGGUGCCGGAGGUGCCCUGUCGAUAGACUCUUUGUUCGGGCAAGGCGCUCUCGCCGCCUUACUGGCUGGUGCUACCCGAAAGUCUGCCACCCCUACAUCAUCACAGACAGGCACGCCACAGCCUCCCAUCGCGACACCGAUACCACCACCGGCUAUACCACCGGUAGCUGGAGCUCCUGUUCCAGUUCCCGCUGCUGCCGCUGGCAGCCUGGCAGCCUUGUCGCCCGCCCUCGCGGCCGUCCUCCGAUCACAAACACCCACAAUGGCCACGGCCGCAGCACCACCACCACUCGAGGCUUCCAAACCAGCAGCUUCCGCUCCUCCCACCGUUCCCGCGGCCGCACCGCCAGCACCAGUCUCCAACCCAUCAGCUCUACUCGCCAUGCUCCGACAAUCCGGUCUUCUUGCCGGCACCACUCCCGCUCCCGCACCUGCCCCCGUAGCAGUAGCACCCGCCGCCGCGGCCUGGACCUACACCCUAAAGCAGUACCGCGGCCCGCACCUCAUCAACCGGCUCCACGAAGACCUCGGUCCCCCCUGCACGCAGUGCGGUCGACGAUUUGGCACCGACGAGGAAGGCCGGCGCAAGAAGACGGCGCACAUGGAUUGGCACUUCCGGGUGCACCAGCGGGUGACGGACGCGGAGCGGCGCGGACAGCACCGGUCUUGGUGGGUGGAGCAGUCGGAUUGGGUGAAUUCGUUGGAGGCGAUUGAUAUCGAUCAUGGUCAUCGUUCUGACAUUACUUCUGGCGGUGGUGCUGGUGGUCAUGGUGGUCAUGGUGGGGGUGUGCCGGGACAGGACACGCUUAACUAUGAUGAUGAUGUCGACGAUGAUGAUUACGACCCUGAGGCCAACUUCAAUAAUUCUUACAACCCGAACGCUGUUUAUCCAGGUGCCGGUGCGGAUAUGAUGGGAGGCCAUAGCGGUGGUGGGAAAGCCAUGGCUCAUGGUGGUCACGGUGGUGGUAGAAAGGGAGGCAAGAAGAACGGCCUCAACUGGCUCCCCGUCCCCGAGGAUUCCGCCAAAGUCAAUAACAUGUGCCCCAUCUGCCAGGAAAGAUUCGAGAUGAAGUGGCUCGAUGAGGCGCAGGAGUGGGUGUGGAUGGACGCCACGAAAGUGGGCGAGAGGGUGUACCAUGCCAGUUGCCAUAAGGAGGUAAAUGGCACGAGUGUUGGUGGUGCGGAUGGUGGUAGCAAUGGUAUGAUGAGCAUGGGCAUGAGUGGGGAGAAUGGCCUGGGAGGAAGGAAGAGGAAGGCUGAGGAUGAUGGUUACUCAGGGGUAAAGGGAAGGAUAAAGUUGGAAUAUUGAGAGUUGUUGCGAGGUGCGAGCCAAUCAGUCAGUGGGAAGGCAAGGCACGGCACAACUAGCAAGAGGAAAAUGGAGACGGAAAGGAACGAGGAUGGUCAGGUAGUUGAGGUUUGGUGAGUGCAUAUGGUUAGCAAAAAGCAUGAGUGUCGAAAGAUUAUCCCAAUACAAAGGCGAUUCUUCGGAGCGUCAUUGAGCUAGUGCUCUAUCCUUACUAUGCACUUGCAAUUCAGGUUGAAGUCAACCGUUAUUCCAGUGUAUUUGGUCUCCCGAAUCUCACAGGACAC